AUGACUCAUGAGCAAAGAUUAGUAUUCAAUGAGAUACUCAAUGCUGUUAUUACAGACUCUGGUGGUUUUUACUUCGUUUAUGGGCAUUGUGGGUGUAGUAAGACAUUUAUUUGGAAUGGACUUUCUUCUACUAUUCGGUCUAGAAGAAAGAUUAUUUUAAAUAUCGCAUCCAGUAGAAUUGCGUCUUUACUCCUUCCUGGUGACAGAACGGAUAAUUCUAGGUUUUCAAUACCCAUUACAAUUACUAAUGAAUCUACCUGCAACAUCAAACAUGGCAAUUUGAAGGCUGAGCUGCUCAUCCAAAGUAGCUUAAUAAUUUGGGAUGAAGCUCCAAUGCUCAAUAAAAUGUGCUUUGAAACACUUGAUCGGACGAUCAGGGAUCUUAUGUCAGUUACCGAUCAACAUAAGACACAUCAACCAUUUGGUGGUAAGGUUCUGAAGCUACAUACAAACAUGAGACUUCUAAUGUCUUCUUCAGAUCAACAUGAUGUUGAAAUAAACAGAUUUGCUAAUUGGAUACUGGAUGUUGGAAAUGAAAAUAUUGGUUCUGCUGUUGGUGAUAAGUCAGAAGUUAAUAUUCCAGAUGAUCUGCUAAUUACAACUGUUGAUGACCCUCUCUCUCAUUUGAUAGAUUUUGCAUAUCCAUAUUUAUUGUAA